CAUGCCAAUGAAGAUGUGGAGAGGAUGCUGUUAGGAAACAAGUGUGACAUGGAAGAUAAAAGAGUUGUCCCUAAAGCAAGAGGUGAACAGAUUGCUAGGGAGCACGGUAUUAGGUUUUUCGAAACUAGUGCAAAAGCAAAUAUAAACAUUGAGAAGGCAUUCCUCACGUUAGCAGAAGACAUUCUUCGAAAGACCCCUGUAAAAGAGCCCAACAGUGAAAAUGUAGAUAUCAGCAGUGGAGGUGGGGUGACGGGCUGGAAGAGCAAGUGCUGCUGA